CUUCCGCUUCCGCCGGGAAGGGUCUGCGGUUGCAGCCAUGAGUGCCUUCAAGUUUGUAGGCAUCCUCAGAAAUAUUGUGGAUUUGGUUUGAGACCGGCGCAAUAAAGCGAGUCGUAAUCUUUUUCUGGUGGAGAGUCUUGCCUUCGGUUGGUAAAACAUGCAACAUCUGUGAGGCACAAUAAAAUGAGGUGAUUGCUGGUGACUAGAUGAGUGGGGAGUGGGAGACACAGAGGCCAUCCAGUAUCAAGGAGAACUUCUUAGAAGAAACAGAAAUAUUGGUAUUAACUUGACAGAUCCUGUGUUCAGAGGAAUUUAUAGGGGGGUUCAAAAGCAUCAAGAUGACUUACAGGAUGUAAUACAGAGAGCUGUCCAGAUUGGUGUUAAAAAGUUUAUGAUUACAGGCGGAAAUCUACAAGACAGUAAAGAUGCACUGCAUUUGGCACAAACAAAUGAUAUGUUUUUCAGUACAGUUGGAUGUCAUCCUACAAGAUGUGAUGAAUUUGAAAAGAACAGUCCUGAUCUUUACUUACUGGAGUUGCUAAAUCUUGCUGAAAACAACAGGGGGAAAGUUGUAGCGAUAGGGGAGUGUGGGCUUGAUUUUGACCGACUACAGUUUUGUCCCAAGGAUACUCAGCUCAAAUAUUUUGAAAAACAGUUUGAACUGUCAGAACAAACAAAAUUACCAAUGUUUCUUCAUUGUCGAAAUGCACAUGCUGAAUUUUUGGACAUAAUGAAAAGAAACAGAGAUCGGUUUGUAGGCGGAGUAGUGCAUUCAUUCGAUGGUACCAAGGAAGCAGCAGCUGCUUUGAUUGACUUGGAUCUCUAUAUAGGAUUUAAUGGUUGCUCAUUAAAAACCGAGGCUAAUUUGGAAGUUUUGAAGUCAAUACCUAGUGAAAAAUUAAUGAUUGAGACUGAUGCCCCUUGGUGUGGAGUCAAAAGUACACAUGCUGGUUCAAAAUUUAUAAAAACUUCAUUUCCUACCAAAAAGAAGUGGGAAAAUGGGCACUGUUUAAAAGACAGAAAUGAACCCUGCCAUAUAAUUCAAAUACUGGAGAUAAUGUCAGCAGUAAGAGAUGAGGAUCCUCUGGAAUUAGCCAAUACGCUAUAUAACAACACCAUUAAAAUAUUUUUUCCUGACAUGUAAUUGGUAUGUUUUCCACUUUCCAUCAUGUAUGUAAAAUUUCAUGGUAAAACAAUGUUUCAAUAAAGGAGUUCUCUGGAAGUUA